AUGGUGACUCAGGAACUCGAGAUUGUGCAAAAGUUUUCGACGCGAUGGAGAACGAUUCUGGCCUUCUGGAUAUUUGGUUUAUGCAAUAACUUCCCACAUAUAUUGAUGCUGAGCGCAGCUGCGGAUAUCAUCGAAAAGGGAAAAUAUUCUAAUGGAACUGAGAAUGCAAAGUGUUUGUUCGAUCGAGGCACACGGCAUUGUGAUGGAACAAAAUCGGUCGGAAUGAUUCUCCUAUUUGACAAUGCUCCUGGUUUCAUCACGAAACUCAUUGUCAUAUUUUUGGCGCAAGGACUUUCCUACAAGUUGGAAGAAGUU